CUCAGGGUCAUGUGAUCUACUGUCGGAUUCUCAUGUUAUUAUGUGACUAAAGGAUCAGGACUGAGGACUUGUGAAUAGGACUUGUCAGUGUCCUCUCCUCACACAUGAGCGGCUCAGCCCUGCUCCCUCCACCCUCACUCCUCCCGAUCCGGCACAUCCUCCUCACAUCUCAGGAUGCUCUUAGUCAAUCCAGAGACAAGGAUGCGAAGAGACUGCAAGAUCCCCCUGCGAGGCUCCCUCCAGUACCUCCUUGGUUUUCUCCUCCUCCUCCUCCCCCUUUCACUCUCUUACCCUUAUACCCUUUCCCCCUGUCCUUCCCUUUGUACGUGUUAUCCCUCACCCCCUACCGCCAGCUGCCAAUCUCACAACCUGUCCCGCGUCCCCUCACCUCUGCCCAGUCAGGCACGAAGAGUUUUCCUGCAGAACAACCAGAUCUCCGAUCUUUACCCCGGGCUGUUUUCUCCCUUCACUUCUGUCCUUUGGCUUUUUUCAAAUCGCAUCUCUGUCUUGCGUCCUGGGACGUUCCAAGGCUUGGAGCACCUUGAGGAGCUGGACCUAGGCAAGAAUCCCAACCUGCCACCUCUUCAGCCCGACACCUUCAGUGGCCUCAACUCUUUGCUGUCCCUGCACCUGUAUCAGUGUAAUAUCCACAGGCUACCAGCUGGGCUCUUUCGUGGCCUCUACUCACUGCGCUACCUCUACCUGCAACACAACCGCCUGACAGGCCUGCCGGAUGGCCUGUUUCGUGACCUGUCGAACCUCACACAGUUGUUUUUGUAUGGAAACCUGUUGCAGUCUCUCCCAGCUGGCACAUUUUUUGGUCUCUCAAACCUGGAUCGUCUGUUGCUCCACAGCAAUCGCCUUGUGACUAUUUCCCCUGCGGCUUUCACCGGUUUGAGCAACCUCACCAUACUCUUCCUCUUCAAUAACAGCCUUCCUUCCCUCUCUGGAGAUUGUUUGCGCUCCCUUCACUCUCUGCAGUUUUUGCGUCUGAACGGGAACCCGUGGCAUUGUGACUGUAGCUGCCGAUCUCUCUGGGGUUGGUUUCGCUCCUCUCCGGGGGUCUCUAGUUCCCUAGUGACCUGCACCUCCCCGCCGGCUUUUCGGGGAAGAGACCUGCGAUCUCUUGAGGAGCGGGAUCUACGGUUUUGCAGCUCUAACAACCCUAUCCCAACCGGAAACCUGUCAGGAUUAUCCUUCCCACCCAAACCUUCCUCUUUCUAUAGAGGUCAGCCCGGCCCGAGCGAGAAUGAGAUCAAUGAAUGGAAAGAUAGAAUAGAGGAGAAGGGAGGAGAUAUUGACGACAGCUUGAAUGGCGGUGAAGGUCGGGGCGGCCUAAGCGUUGGGCUCCUGUUGGUUUUGCUCAUUUGGAUUGUGGAAAUAGACCUUUAACCUGUGGAAAUAGAAUCCUCUCGACAAUUAUUACUUCCUCCUCUGUGAACGUUUUCUGACAAAUAAAUGAUAUAUAUAUUUAUACAAGUGUCUGUGAUGAUUUACACCACAGCUUCUAUGGCGGAGGCAUGAGACCCUGUCCUCCAACUGUGGAGCUUCUCCAGGAACAUCGAAGACACAAACUCCUCUAGGCUGUAACAUUGUCAACCUGUCUGUUCUGAGGUUUAGAAAUUUUGGCAAAAAAUUCCGUAUCAUGAACUCCCUCAAGUUUUCAGCAUUUUUGAUGCUUUUAAAAAAAAAUCAUCUACAAGAUGUUCAAGGGGACAUUAAAAUAGUAUCAACAGUUUUUAAAAACAAGUAAUAUGAUGCUGUGACGAAGGGAAGAUAGAAUAAAAACUAUGCAUACUUAUCCCCAGUCCUCGCAGCUCGGUUCAGGUCCGGCUGGUCCCCCGAUUUUCUUCUGAAAUGAUCGCUUACUGCAGGACAUGUCCACUCAGACAGUGACUGGACACCUCUGUGGCUGGAGAUUGGCUGAGCUAGCAGGUCCUUCACCAAGCGCUCAUCGCAGAAGCAGGAAGAAGAGAGAAGAUCAGGAGGACCAGAUGGAGCAGAACGAGAGCUGCGGGGGACCAGGACUGGGUAAGUAUAGUUUUUUUUCUAUUUAACCCCUGUCCCAGCACCAUAUUUCUUUACAGAACACUUGAUAAGAUCUUUAAUAAUUUACAUGAAUUUCAGUAGGAUGGAUACAGGAAAAACUGGUGUAGCUGGAUUCGGAUUAAUUGAUGCUCAGAAGAUUAAAACAACAUGGGAUGGGAGGAAGGUGAGCAUAGGUUUGGCUUUGUUCUAACCACAUGCACAAACACCAAUUUUGUUAAUUCUCUUAAUACCUCUUUAAGGGCAGGG